CCAGACAUUGAGGGCCUAAUGAAAAAGGAAAACCACAAAAUCCUCACCCCUCUUGUGAGUCUAGACACACCUGGAAAAGCCACAGUGGACGUUGUCAUUCUUGCAGACCCCGAUGGUCAUGAGAUCUGCUUCGUGGGUGAUGAGGCAUUUAGACAGCUCUCUGCCAUUGACCCUAAGGGAAAUGAAUUACUGGAUAAGGCUAUGGCUGCAGAUAAGAGUGCUGAAUGGUUUGCCAAACACAACAAGCAAAAGGCUUCGGUAUAAAAACUGUCAGAACAACUGACAUUGUUAAUUAGUUUUGUCAUUUUACAUUUCAGUGGCUUACUAAGGAUAAUCAAAAUUUAUUUUCUUCUAUGAAAAUAACUGAAUCAUAUUGUAUACCCAUUCAUUUUUAUUAAGUAUCUACUUACAAUAUGAAAAACUGCUUUUGGGCCUGCUAACAAUAUGUAUAUCAAGGAUUUGUAUAAUUUCUGCUGUCAUUUUUCUCUCUAUAUGAAGGAGUGGGUAUAGGAAUUAUUAACAGGAAACCAUAAGCAUAAUCAGAAAGUGCAGUGUUGUAGGUAGUCACACAAGCAUUGGCAAUUGAAAUAAAUGUAUUAAAAGUUUAUGUAGU